AAACGGAGCUUUCCCAGGCCUCGCCUUGCCUCGAUCUCAUCGACGUCUCUCGCGGCUUCGUCGGCGCUGUUAUAGUCGCUCGCUGUCGUCUGUUCUUGUUCCUUCGAUGCCGACUCCUCGCUCCGCCUCUCGAGCCCUUCAGUCCCCAGCUCUCGUUCAGGGUUUCUGGUUGAUCAUGGACUCCAUUCUCGUCAGCAAGCCGGUGGUUCCUUCUCCUGGACUGUUCCUUCAACCUGCUGGAGGAAUAAAAGGCUCACAAUGUAAGCUUGGUGUGGGACAUGCUGCCAACUUCUGUAAAAUAUAUUAUCCUAGAAAACCAACUUCUUAUGCAGCCAAGAGAUCUACAAAUCAUAGUAGAGUGCUGAAUGAAAUUCGAUGUGAUGAAAAAAUUCUUGUGGCCAAUAGAGGAGAAAUUGGAGUCAGAGUGAUCCGAACUGCACAUGAAAUGGGUAUACCUUGUGUAGCUGUUCAUUCUACUAUUGAUCGCGAUGCACUUCAUGUGCGGCUCUCAGAUGAUGCAGUCUGUAUUGGUGAAGCCCUAGCAGUCAAUUUUAGUCCUGGGUGUACAAUGUUGCAUUCUGGUUAUGGUUUCUUGGCUGAGAGUGCUUGCUUUGUUGAUAUGUGCAGCGUACAUGGAGUCAAUUUUAUUGGACCAAAUGCAAGUGGUUCUUUUACCAGUUGAUCGUGUCAUGAUAUAGGUGCUCUUUGUAUGGUAUACCUGUGUCAGAUAUUAACUCUCAGACACUAGACACUGUCAUUCCUAGUGGGUACUUGAUAUUCUCUUUGAUCGUGUUUUAAAAUUUUUAGAAAUGGCAAGGCCAAAUAUUUAGAUCUGCAACCUUGUCUAAUGUUCGUACCUGAGUCCAAGUAAUAUAGUAUGAAAUUUCCCUCAAAUUAUUGAUGGCAAUUAACAUGAGACAUUCAGAUUCUCAGUUUCUUUGCAUUAAAAAGGCCAUCAUUUCUCUUAUGUAUUAUAAGUUGUUAAAACAAUGCCUAAAGCAUCGAAUUUUCAUUUUUCUUUUCUUCCCUAUUUAUUUAGGCAUCUUUUCUAGAUGUUUACUACGUGUUGUGUUUGGGUUUUAGAGUAGUUUUGUGUUAUUAGUUGAUUUCAAGUGCGACUAAGAAAAAAAUGCUCAAGGUAUAAACACAGAACUAGUUUUAAUGAAUUUAACAAAACAAUUUUCUUGCCCAAGGUCAUAUCUUCUUUAUGAUGGGCAUUUCUUGCUUGUCUGCUCACAAUAUUUAAUCUGAUAUAGGUAGAACUUC